GCGAAUUAAUUUCGUUUAACGACAAGCAGCCGAGUUUAUGGAUAUUAAUUCAACCUGUCAGCUACAUUAUAUUAUCAUGUGACGCCCAAGGAAACGAUAACGGGUGAAAGUCUGCGGUUUGCAGCAAACAUGAACAUGUUUUAACAUUUGCAGUAUCAUCUCCGGAUCAGCUGUCAUAAGCAGACGAUACACAGUAUCAGCUGUUAUUUAUUGGAUCAUAAGGUCAUGGAAUUAAGUGAAACCAGUGUACAAAUAAGAGAUUGUUCCAUAGAUUUCAUUCCUGUAUACGUUAAACAAGAGAGCAAUGAACGCGAAACAGAUUUCAAUGAUAUUGAAAUAAUUAAUGCAGCUCAACAUUUUUGUGCCAUUGAAAUUAAAGAAAGUAAAAGGUACAGCACAGUUAUUGAAAACAAAGAAUCGAUUAUAAAUAAUAAAGAUUACAUGCAAAAUGCUAACUUAAAUAAUUUAAUUUCUACGUUAAAUUCUACGGAACAAAAUGAAAAUUAUAACAUUAAUAGCAUAUUGAAUGGAUCAAUGUAUUUACAGAAUUUAGACUAUGAAAAUGUGAACAUAGAAAUACAAAAACCAACAAGUCAAAUUUCAGAAGUUUUUAUUGAUCACAAUGAACAAAUACAAACAGCUAAUUAUAGUAUUUCUACGGUUACUAUACCAAGCGAACUUUUAGGACUAAACCUUAAUAUAAAGAAAGAAGAUGUAAUAGAUCAAGAAACGAUCUAUACUACAAAAUGGUUAUGCAAUGUAGAUAACGAAAGUGAUCUUCCAACAAACGUUUCCAAAAAUAUCAAGAAACUGGUACAAGUUCCUAUUGACUUUGAAGGUACAAUAACACCAUUAACAAAGCAGAGGAAUCAAACUUUAGAAAAUGCCAGUAACUUGAAAACUAAGGAAAGUAAACAUGAAAAAUCUACAAGGCAAUUGAAAAUAAGAUCAUUACAGGAUUAUAAAGAAAAGUUACGAAGAAAAGCAGAGUGCAUGAGAGAAAAGAGAAAAAAAUUAUAUGAACAGGAAAGCGAAGAUCAACGUCUGCAGAGAUUAGCAAAGGAAGCAGCGAAAAGGCGAGAGAUGAGAAUGUAUUAUGAAACGCCAGAACAAAGAAGGAAAAGAUUGGAUGCGGAAGCAGCAAGAAAAAGAGAAUACAGAAUGUACAAUGAAACACCUGAAGACAGAAGGAAAAGACUAGAUCGUGAAGCAGAGAGAAGAAGAAUGAAAAGGCUUUCGUUAUAUGCUACCGAAACUCCUGAAGAAAGGAGAGAGAGAUUAAAUAGAGAAUCUGCAAAACGAAGAGAAGCUCGACUGAAUCAGUAUGCUAAAGAAACGCAAGAAGAAAGAAAAGAAAGACUAAGGAGAGAUGCCUUGAGAGUUAGAGAAAUGAGAUUUACUAGGUCUGCUAUUGAAACAGAAGAGGAACGCAGGCAAAGGUUAGUAAAAGAUGCUCUUCGAAAAAGGGAGGUAAGAAUGCAUGGAGGCCAUUCAGAGAAUAAUAAUUUCACUGAACUUCAAACCGUUCGUAAUUUUGAAGAAUUAAACAAUGUGCAGAUAAAGGAAAAUCCUGAUAGUCAAUUGGGAGGUCAUUAUUUGAGCAACUGGAUGAUGUGGUUCCAGAACUCAUUAACUCAACCAGUUCAUGUUGGAGAACAAAUCAGCAAACCUCAGACAGAAAAUGCUGGAUAAAAAAUUUCAUAUGUAUUUUAGUAUUUUACAUAUAAUUUCUGAACAUUCGCAUGCAUAAUAGAACUAUACAGUGACUAAACUAUAUGCGUUUCGUAUGUAUAAGCUUUUGAUACUACAUUUAUGCUUGAAAUACAGUGACAAAAUGUAAAAAAUAACUGCUGCAGCUCUUGUAUCAACAUACUGUUAACUGCAUAAGACAUGUUAGCAAUAGUUCUCAUAUAGUAUACAACUUAAUUUGUAAUAUUUAUAUAAUUUAUCAUCAACUAUGAUUACGAUAUUGUACGUUGAUGAAGUGUAAAAAUCUGUUAUUAUAUAUAUAAUAGAGAAUUUACCAAUUAAUAGAUA